GCCAAUAAUAGAGGCUGAAGGAAGUGACGUUUACGGAAGUAAGGCUUCCGUCGGAAAAGCUCGCUAAUUACCCAGCCUAACCAUUUCUCAGGUGCUUGCGAGGUGAUUAGGCGGCAAAGAUGUCGGAGCGAAAAGUAUUAAACAAAUACUACCCGCCAGACUUUGACCCAUCAAAGAUCCCCAAACUCAAGCUCCCCAAAGACCGGCAGUACGUGGUGCGACUGAUGGCCCCCUUCAACAUGAGGUGUAAGACGUGCGGAGAAUACAUCUACAAGGGGAAGAAAUUCAACGCUCGGAAGGAGACGGUGCAGAACGAGGUCUACCUGGGCCUGCCCAUCUUCCGCUUUUACAUCAAGUGCACGCGCUGCCUGGCAGAGAUCACCUUCAAGACAGACCCUGAAAACACAGACUACACCAUGGAGCAUGGAGCCACGCGGAAUUUCCAGGCUGAGAAGCUCCUGGAGGAGGAGGAGAAGAGGGUGCAGAAGGAGCGGGAGGACGAGGAGCUGAACAACCCCAUGAAGGUGCUAGAGAACCGGACCAAGGACUCCAAGCUGGAGAUGGAGGUGCUGGAGAACCUCCAGGAGCUGAAAGACCUGAACCAGCGGCAGGCGCACGUGGACUUCGAGGCCAUGCUGCGGCAGCACCGCCUGUCGGAGGAGGAGCGGCGGAGACAGGAGCAGGAGGAGGACGAGCAGGAGACUGCGGCCCUGUUGGAGGAAGCCAGAAAGCGAAGACUGCUGGAGGACUCCGACUCAGAGGAUGAGGCUGCUCCCGCACCCCUGAAGCCAGCCGGUCGGCCCAACCCCACCGCCAUCCUGGACGAGGCCCCAAAACCCAAGAGGAAGGUGGAGGUCUGGGAGCAGAGCGUUGGCAGCCUGGGCAGCCGGCCCCCACUGUCGAGGCUGGUCGUGGUGAAGAAGGCAAAGGCUGACCCAGACUGCAGCAACGGGCAGCCUCAGGCGGCCCCCGCCCCAGUACCAGUUCCCCACCAGCCCGCGUCUGUCAUCCUGUCUUCAUCCUGUCUUCGGGAGCUGUCAGCCUUCAUCUGAGAUCUCCUCCAUCAACUCCUCCAGGGCUGCCUGGCUGCCGGAGCACAUCAGAGGGACGGGGAGGAGGGGCAAUGGGGGCCCCUUCUGCUGGAGCCCACUGCCGCCCCAGCCUGGGCUUACAGGAGAAGAGGGGCCACGCCAUUUCCCCAGCUUUUGCCAGUUCCAGUGUGAACUUGGGGCUCCCUGAGCCUGUUUCCUUACCUGGGAAUGGGGUGACACCACCCACUCGGUCCACAAACACCCCCCGGGCACAUGCUCUGUUGCUGCCCCAUUUACAGGUAAGGGAGGCUCCUUGACCUCCAGGGUGAGGGAGGGACAGGGCCUGGGUUUGAAUCUUCAGGCUCCGAGGCUACGCCUUUGGUCACCCGCCCCAAUGCAACUCCAAGAGCUGGGCUGUGCCUGCGUGUCAGCCUGGAGCCCUGGAAGGGCUGGAUCGUGCCUCCCCCAUCAGAUAAGGGCCCCUAGAAGGAAGGCUCACGUCUCCUCCAGCAGACUGGGGCCUUGCAAGUUAGUUAGGGCUGUGCCUCCCGUGUUGGACUGGGGCCCUUGAAGUUUACACCAUACCUCCCCCGAUCAGACUGGGGACGCUUGAAGUUUGAACUAUGCCUCCCUCAUCAGACUGGGGACCCUUGAAGGCAGGCCUGUGUCUCCUCCAUUACUCUGGGACCCUUGAAGUCAAGGCUUUGUCUCCUGCAUUAGACAGGGACCUUUGAAGGUUGAACCUGCCUCCCCCAUCAGACUGGAGACUCCUGAAGAUAGGUUCACGCCUCCCUCAUCAGAGUGGGAACCCCUCAAAGUAGGGCCAUAUCCCUCCCAUCAAAUGGAAGCUCCUGAAGUCAGAGCCACAACUCUUCCAUCAGACUGGGGGCUUCUGUGGACAAGGCCAUGUCUCUGCCAUCAGACCAUGAGUUAAGAAAGGCAGAGCUGGCCAGGCGCAGUGGCUCGCACCUAUAAUCCCAGCACUUUGGGAGGCUGAGGCGGGCGGAUCACGAGGUCAGGAAAUGCAGACCAUCCUGGCUAACAUGGUGAAACGCCAUCUCUAAUAAAAAUACAAAAAAAAUUAGCCAGGCGUGGUUGGCGGGCACCUGUAUCCCAGCUACUCGGGAGGCUGAGGCAGGAGAAUGGCAUGAGCCCAGGAAGUGGAGCUUGCAGUGAGCCAAGAUUGUGCCACUG